AUGACCAACUUGGCAAAAAACAAAAUAAAAACUAUAUCUCUUAUGGAACAUAAUCAGUAUGCUAGCAAUCCGACACUUGAUCAUCCAAUCUAUUGUAUUAUCACAACGAUGGGAAUGAUAGAUUCCGCACACAUCACAUCAAAAGAAAAUCAUUCUUCUCGUAAAAUCAAGAGCGACCUUUUAUUGCCGGUAGUAAUCCUCACCUUAAAGACUGAUUCAUUGUAUAACAAAGUUUUUGUCGAUAUCCGUUCCUUCUUCCCACCUCCAUUCUUAUGUAACGGAUCACCUUAUUUAUGUCCGAGACCAUACGAUGAAUACCUUUAUAAUUUACCAAUAUAUGAAGCAUCACGUAGAGUUACAAACGAAAUGUCAAACUUGCUACGUAUUAAGCACAUUGUUAACGAUCAUCCCGACAAACUUCAAGAAUUAUGGGAACAAAAAUGGAUUUCUAAUGACGUUAAUAUUAGUGAUAGAGUGGAAGAGCAUUGUUAA